UCUAAUUUGCAUCUCCGUUGAUGGGGAUCGAUCUUUCUCUCAAGCUCGAGGCCGAGGAGAAAGAGAAAAAUAUUGAAGAAGAAUCAAAACAUAGUGGUGAUGACGAAGAGCAUGAUGCUAGUGGUGAUGAAGACGAACAAAUGGUGAAAGAAGACGAAGAAGAAGAUUCUUGUUUAGGUUCAAGAACCCGGGAAGAAGAGAACGAACGUGAAGAGGUACCUACGUACGUAGAUAUUAUAUAUUUCCAUAAUUUGUGUGAAAAUACGUUAACAUCUAUGGAGGGAGAUCAGCUCUUGCAGCUACAGAUCCAGAUGGAAAGUGUGAAAGAAGAGAAUACUAGGCUGAGGAAGCUUGUCGAGCAGACCCUUGAAGAUUAUCGCCAUCUGGAGAUGAAAUUCCCGGUUAUCGAUCAAACCAAGAAGAUGGGUCUUGAAACGUUCCUUGGAGCAAAAGGAAAAUGGUAUGUGGAUAUAACAAGUAAGGCUCGGAAAAGAGGAGCUGAGACAUCUCCAUCCGUGGAAAGAGAGUUAGGGCUUUCGCUUUCUUUACAGAAAAAGCAAAAACAAGAAGAGAGCAAAGAAGCUGUUCAGUCUCAUCAACAAAGAUACAAUAAUAACAGCUUAGAUAUGAAUGGACCACGUAUCAUAUCAUCUUCUCAAGGGAAUAGAAAGGCCAGGGUGUCUGUGAGGGCGAGAUGUGAGACCGCAACUAUGAAUGAUGGAUGCCAAUGGAGAAAGUAUGGUCAGAAAACCGCAAAAGGGAAUCCAUGUCCACGAGCUUAUUACCGAUGCACCGUGGCUCCAGGGUGUCCCGUUAGGAAACAGGUGCAAAGGUGUUUAGAAGACAUGUCAAUACUGAUAACAACCUACGAAGGAACACAUAACCAUCCACUUCCGGUCGGAGCAACAGCCAUGGCAUCUACUGCCUCCACUUCUCCAUUCUUGUUACUCGAUUCCAGCGACAACCUCACUCAUCCUUCUUCCUAUUAUCAUCAAACUCCUCCAAUCAUGGACUCCUCCUUGAUUACAUACCCACAAAAUAGCAGCAGCAGCAACAACCGAACCAUACGAAGCUUGAACUUUGAUGGUCCAUCUAGAGGAGAUCAUGUUUCAUCUUCCCAAAACCGAUUAAAUUGGAUGAUGUAGAGUUUUCAUGUCUCUCAAAUCGUCAACUCUGCUUUACUCCUCUGGUCACAUUAUUCUUCUAUUAGUAGAAGUCAUCAUGGAUUCUUUGCCUAUGCCUUGUUCUUGUUUCGUAUCACUUGUGUUUCGUACAUACAAAAUUGAAGGUACUGUUUUAAUUCUUC